AUGCGGUUUCUGUGUUUGCACGGUGGUAGCACGAGCGGGGAGAUCUUCGAGAUCCAAUCUGGCGGCCUCGUCCAACCUCUCGAAGCCAAGGGCCACAAAUUCACAUUCAUAAAUGGCAGACUCAACUCUGACUGCGAGCCUGAGCUCCAAGGCAUCGUCCCGCCCCCCUUCUUCAACCACUAUCCCCGCGAUAUCGCCCCGGGUGAAGACCUCCUAAAGGCCAUUGAGUAUACCCUUCGCACAAUGCAGCGUGAGGGCCCCUUUGACGCCGUAAUGGGUUUCUCGCAGGGCGCUGCCCUCGCCUUCUCGCUUCUUCUCCACCACGCAGAGAAAUACGGUCCAUCCGCGCCGCCUCUUUUCAAAGCGGCGGUGUUCAUUUGUGCCGGUGCCCCUUACGAAUUAUCGGGGAAGACGACGUUUAGCAUACCCGACGGCGCUGACUAUCCGGUCAAGAUUCCGACGGCGCAUAUUGUCGGAAAACAGGACCCAUUGUAUCCGCAGGGGUUGAGGCUUCGUGAACUUUGUGAGCGGUCAAAGGCGGAGUUUUAUGAUCAUGGUUCGAAGCAUAUGAUUCCUUUCGAUGCGACAAAUAAUGAUGCGAUGGUUGCGGUUAUUGAGAGAGUUAUUGAAAGGGCAUCCAAAGAGACUUGA